AUGAACAAUAAAAUGAAUAUACUUCAGUCAUUUGCAAUUGUAUUUGUAAUGUUUUUGAUUAUUUUUUUUGUUUUCGCAAAAUACAUACCAUUAUAUCGAUUAUACCACGAGCACUGUGAUAGUUUUAGUAACAAUACAUCAUCAAACGGAAAUGCUGAAAACAACACUGAUUCGUCUCCGCCUAUAAAAUCGCCGAUAUCGUUUCUCAUUGUGAAUUUUGUCUACGUUUACGCCAUUAUAAUAAUAAUUAUUUGUUUUUAUGGCUUAUACGGAUGGGCCUCGACGAACGUAAUAGUUUCGAUUGGAAAAUUUUCAAAACGACCCCGUGUUAUCGAGAACGACGAAAACAGCACUAGUGACAUCGUUUUGAUUUCACAAAUCGCAGACGACGACAAAUUGAUUCCCGAGACUAUUCCGUUGCAAAUUUUACCGGAGAUGUCAGAAAUCACUAACAAUUACCAUUGCACUUGGGUAGGCGAUUGGAACGAAUAUUGA